CCUCUGUGAGUCGCCCAGCGCUGCGGAGCCGCUGAGGUGCGGGGAUCCGGGCCUGCGCCCGCGGGGACGGUGAGCUCGCUUAUGGGCCUUUCCAAAAGCAAAGAGAAACCCCGGAAAGGUGAGGAGCAGAAGAUGGCGCCGCCCAGCUGUCCCGCUCCCCAGGCGGCGGAGCGGGGGAUGGAGACGCCGGCCCCGGAACCCAGGCAGGCAGAGCGGGGGUCGGAGCGGCCUGCGGACGGCCUGCACCCGGGGCCCGGGACCGCCCGGCACCCGCCGCGCGCGGCUGUGCCGGCAGGUAGGACGCGCCGGGAGGGAGCGGAGCGCGAGAAACCUGAUGUAAAGCAAAAGUCCACCAAGAGGAAAUUCGUCAUUCCGCAGAUUAUCAUCACUCGGGCCUCAAAUGAGUCGCUAGUCAGCUACAGUUCCAGCGGAACUGAAGAGCAGAGAACCAUCCGGGAACCUGAGGACUGGGGCCCCUACCGGCGACACAGGACCCCCAGUACAGCAGAUGCUUAUGAUUUACAUAUCAAAGAAUAAACGGACACCCUUGCAUAGCACCCGUUACUCCCCAUGAUAGGCGUAUCAGGAAGGGUGGCACUGUCUGAGCAGAACAGCCACCCACCCUCUGGGAAGCCACGUCCCUCUUCUCCAGUGCUCUCCAGGAGGGUGGCACCAGGCUCACUCCAACCCUGUGAGAAGCCAUGGCCCGUUCUCUAGUGCCAUUUGGUCCUGCCUUCCCCAGAGUUGCUGGCAGCUCUGUCGAGGCAGGAGUGCCUAGCUCAGAAAGCGAGCUUUGUGGUGAUAAAUGAAUAAAUGAGUAUGUUCCUGGUGGGAGUAGCUGGCUGUGCAGAGUGAUGGACAGCAGAUGGCGUCUCACACUCUGCUUCAUGGUGGACAGUUAAAACACUUUCCCUUCAUUUCAGAAGAGAUGUGUUUGGGGGAAGGGGGCAGCGACCACACUUAGAUGUCGGAAGUGGCCUUGUCAGUGCUGUCCUGGCUUUCUGGCCCACAGAUGAGGGCUCCUGAUUGUGGGAGGCCAUUGAAGGGUCCUGAGCACGAUGGCUGCACCCUCUCCAGCAGCCAUCAGGUAAGGCUAGAUGCUCCUCCUUUGUUGCCUGAGAGAAUGCUCUUCGCUGUCUGGAAGGCUCAUGCAUCUAGUGACAGUGUGUUAGCUUUGUUAGUUUCUAGUUUGGCCAACAGGCUUUUCAUGUGAUCUCCCGAGAUAUGCUUGCUUCACUGGCCAACAGACCCAAGGGACAGCAGCGUGUCCACCAGAGUCCCAGACAUGGACUUCUCAGGUGCCAAUGGGAGGGAACAUGUAGUUCCAAUCCAGACAGGCCUAUCUGGCACAUACAUACAUACACAGAGCCUCAGGAAAUGUGAAGGGCCAAUAAAACUUGGUAUGCUAAUUUCACUGUGCCAAAAGAAAAAAAUAAUCUGAAACAUGAGUCAAACGAGAAGCUGCCUUCUUUUUGUUCCUAAGCAGAGAGCUACAAAUAAAAUUUCUCCACAGGGAGCUACUCUUUGUUCACCUUAGGUGAAGUGCCAAUUUACUGGGCAGCAGAUAAAAAUGUAAGUGACUCUUUCCUACCUGCUGCUUUUCUCUUGUAACACGUGGAUUCGAUGAUGUAGCCAGAUCCUCCAUCCUUCCCCUCCAGCCCUCUUUUCCCCUUUCAAUACUGAAGCCCUCAACAUCAUCUUUGGGGGAGGGCACAGACCUGGCUCUCAGGCACACAUCAUUAACCUUGGUUAAAUAAACUUCUAAGUUGAGGGAGACCUGUCUCAGAUACUUUUUGGUUUACAGAUUGGUGACCACGAAGGGACUCAGAGUGUAGGUGGCCCUAACCUUGGCAGGUUUCCUACUGGUACUUAGGACCAGUUUUGGCUGUGUGUAUCGCUCAAGACAAUAGGACAGUUUGCUGGGAUCUGGGAGCCCCAUCACCCUCCAGAGAGUCUGGUCUCCUGAAACUUGGUUGAGGUCUGAGCUUUAUUCUGCUGUACAAUGCCUUUUCCUUUUCUGGUGUGUUACUUCCAACAAAGAAGAUGAGUUUUCCUGCUUUCGUGAUGUUGGGGACAGGAAGCUUUCCUGGAGUUCAGCUCACAUGCAACAGGGAAGGGGACUUGGAAUUUUUCCUGAUUCCAGGACGGCAGACAGUCUAAAGCCUGGGCCCCGUUCCUAGGUAAGUAGCGGAAUUGGGGUUCUGUCUUGGAAAUUCUCCUUAGUGACUAAAACUGAGAUGAACAACUGGCUGGUCUAAUUUCUUAUGUUAGUGUGCUCUGUAAUUGUAUGAAUUGUGUGAUUGU